GCGAGCGUAGUGUGUGUCCGGAAGAGAGCGGGAGUAGCAGCAGUGAUCAGUCUGUCUCCAGUUAGCUGAAUAACAAAGUCCUGAGGAAACACAGCGGCCUCCCAAGGAACAGCCUGCCUGUCUGCCUGAUUUCAGAGUGGGUUAUUGAAGCCGAAGCCUGGUGCUUCAGUCCGGGAAGACUGCAGAGAGUCCUCCCCUGUAUUCCUCCACUACGGUCUGGGAGCAGCAUCUAUCUCCACUGUUGCUGUACCCAUGUUAAUGUCCCUCUGUGGGACCAAUAAAGGACUUCUGAUUCUGCGGACAGACAGAAGAGAGGGGGGAGGGGCGGGGUGAAAUGCGGCCUUCUUCUUUUCCCGAAGAGUCCUCUUCCUCGUAGCCCACCGUAUCCCAGGAUGCAAUGCGCGCCAGUGACGAGGAAACAAAGAAAAUGUCGGUCCGGUCUCAGAGAGAAAGCAGCACGUGAGGAGUAACUGAUAAACGACAAUUCUGGAGGACUGGGUCUGCUGGGGAAGGAGCUGCCACCCACACAGGACCCCCCUUGGUGAUAUUGUCAUAUCAUAUACACAACUACGGUGUAGUUAUGCUAUGCAAACACGUCCAGCAGCUGGUGGUGGUUAAAGAAGAGGUUCCCCCUGAGCAGCAGGAGUGGAGCUCCGGUCUGGACCAGGAGAACCCACAGCCCCCUCCACACAUUAAAGAGGAACAGGAGGAACUCUGGAUCAGUCAGGAGGGAGAGCAGCUUCAAGGGCUGGAGGAGGCUGAUAUCACCAAGUCCACAUUCACUCCUGUCCCUGUGAAGAGUGAAGAUGAUGAAGAGAAACCUCAGUCCUCUCAGCUUCAUCAAAGACAAACUGAACACCUGGAAACAGAAGCUGAUGGAGAGGACUGUGGAGGACCAGAACCAGCCAGGAACUCAGAUCCAGAGAGACAUUUACAACCUGAGACUGAGGACUACCCUGGAGACUCUUCUGAACCUGACACUGAAGACAAUGGAGAUUGGAAGGAACCCAGAGAACCAGCUUCAAAGUCUGCGAAAAAUAAACAAGACCCUGUCAGUGAUUCAAGACGUAGUGCUCGAGAGAAAUGCUUUAGAUGCUCACAGUGCGGGAAAGAGAAUUGCAGCAAGAUACAUCUGAAUAGGCCCAUGAGCACCCACACAGGAGGGAAACUAUUCAGCUGCUCAGUUUGUAACAAAUCUUUUACACAUAAAGGAAAUUUACAGACACACAUGAAAAUCCACACAGGAGAGAAACCAUUCAGCUGCUCAGUUUGUAACAAUUCUUUUACACAUAAAGGAGAUUUAAAGAGACACAUGAGAAUCCACACAGGAGAGAAACCAUUCCAUUGUAGUGUUUGUGAUAAAAGAUUUAUCCAGAGUAAUCUGGUCAAAACCCAUAAGUGUGUUGGUCGUCAGUCCUCACAGCUUCAUCAAACUGAGGAGAACAGAGAGGCAGAGUGUCCAGCCAGCAGCUUAGCUGAACACAUGGAAACAGAAGCUGAUGGAGAGGACUGUGGAGGACCAGAACCAGCCAUGAACUCAGAUCCAGAGAGACAUUUACAACCUGAGACUCAGGACAACCCUGGAGACUCUUCUGAACCUGACACUGAAGACAGUGGAGAUUGGAAAGAACCCAGAGAACCAGCUUCAAAGUCUGCGAAAAAUAAACAAGACCCUGUCAGUGAUUCAAGACGUAGUGCUAGAGAGAAAUGCUUUAGAUGCUCACAGUGCGGGAAAGAAAAUUGCAGCAAGAUACAUCUGAAUAGACCCAUGAGCACCCACACAGGAGGGAAACUAUUCAGCUGCUCAGUUUGUAACAAUUAUUUUACACAGAAAGGAAAUUUACAGACACACAUGAGAAUCCACACAGGUGAGAAACCAUUCAGCUGCUCAGUUUGUGACAAUUCUUUUACACAGAAAGGAAAUUUACAGACACACAUGAGAAUCCACACAGGAGAGAAACCAUUCAGCUGCUCAGUCUGUGAGAAGUCUUUAACACGUAAAGGAGAAUUAAAGACACACAUGAAAAUCCACACAGGUGAGAAACCAUUCAGCUGCUCAGUUUGUGACAAUUCUUUUACACAGAAAGGACAUUUACAGACACACAUGAAAAUCCACACAGGAGGGAAACCAUUCAGCUGCUCAGUUUGUGACAAUUCUUUUACACAUAAAGGAAAUUUAAAUAGACACAUGAAAAUCCACACAGGAGGGAAACCAUUCAGCUGCUCAGUCUGUGAGAAGUCUAUAACACAUACAGGAGAUUUAAAGAGACACAUGAGAAUCCACACAGGAGAGAAACCAUUCCAUUGUAGUGUUUGUGAUAAAAGAUUUAUCCGGGGUAAUCUGGUCAAAAGCCAUAAGUGUGUUGGUCGUCAGUCCUCACAGCUUCAUCAAACUGAGGAGAACAGAGAGGCAGAGCCUCCAGCCAGCAGCUCAGCUGAACACCUGGAAACAGAAUCUGAUGGCGAGGACUGUGGAGGACCAGAACCAGCCAGGAACUCAGAUCCAGAGAGACAUUUACAACCAGAGACUGAGGACAACAAGGAUGACAUUUUCUGUUCAUUUUCAGGUUGGUAUUAGUAUGUUGUCUUCACUGGGACAUGUCUCCAUGCUUUAAUGUUGAAAAAGCUCUUUAUUGUUGUCAUACUGCCUCUUUUCACCCUAUGUC